GACAGCCAGAGAUCGCUGCAACGCUGAGGACGGUGGAGAAGGAGUUCCACGAGCUGGACUACAUCGAGUGGUUGAAGACCUUCGAUCAGUUCCACGAGAUCAACAGGUACUGCAAGUAUCGUGAGAAGAACUAUACAGAGUACCUUGAGGGUCUCAUCAGCUACCUACGAGGCUUCCUUCUCCGGACGCAGCCCUUGAUUGAUGCUGACAAGCUUGAGCAGCAGUUUGAGAAGGAGUUCGAGGAGCGAUGGAAUGACAAGAGCAUCCCUGGGUGGCAGGAACCUACCCACAAGGACAAGAUGUUUUGCUUGCCUUCCAACAAGCUCUUCAACAAUAGCAGCUCCAAGAAAUCUCAUGAGAGCGGUAAGGUCUACAAGAAGAAGCUGGAGGAAGUGUCGCUCCGACAUGGAUUAGUUUUCUACAGGUGCCGUUAA